UCCAUUUCUCUCAAGCAAACAACCUUUUCAUAAUGCAAGAACCAAUGAAUCAACCUCCUCCUCCAUCACUUCCAGCUGGAUGGGUUGCUCAAUGGGAACCUUCACAAGGUCGCUACUUCUUCGCCAACACUAUGACAGGCGCCACUCAGUGGGAAAUACCAACCGAUCCAGUUAAAGGUGGUGAAGCCAACAGCUAUCAAGGAGUUCCCCCUCCUGAAUAUUCGCCAAGCCCAAACACGCCAGGCUCAAGUUCGGGUCAAUCCACAGACAGAGGACUUGGCUCAUUUAUAUCAGGUGCUCUUGGUGGAGGACGACCGCAACAAGGCUAUGGUGGCGGCGGAUAUGGAUAUCCCAACAAUUACAACCAGAAUUACAAUCAAAACUACAAUCAAAACUAUGGCCAAGGUCAACAACAUUCAGGCUUUCCUGGAAACAACAUGGGAGGCGCUCUCGCCGGUAGUUUGAUAGGAUUGGCCGCCGGUAAACUUAUGGGCGGAGGUAACCAUCAUCACCAAAACCAUGGCCUUCUGGGCAACUUCAUGGCGCCACCCGUGCCCUAUGGUGGAUUUUCUGGUCCUCAAUAUGGAUAUCCUGGUCAAUACCAAGGACAUCAUCACGGACACCAGCAUGGACACCAUCAUGGGCAUCACCACGGACACCACCAUGGGCACCACCAUGGCUGGUAAGGGACGAUUUUCUUUUCUAUCUUUCAUGAUCACAUGCAUUAUGGGCCACAUGUAUGGACCUCCUUGUCAAAGGAGUUGAGAGAACGGACCUUGGCCAUUUUUUUUUUUCGUGUUUCGGGCUGGAUUGUGAUCAGACCCAACAUUUACGCUUUAUUACCUUACAUAUCCCACUAUUAUACUUGUACUAUCCCUUCAUUUCGCCACGUCUCGGCUGUACACAUUCGGGACGACUUGCCCUACUCAUUUCCGAGCUCUUUUUUCUUGUAUAUGAUUCCAAUAGAGUGAUAAGUAAACUAAACUUUCCACGUAAGAAAGCAAA